CUACAUUAGUGAUUGGCUUAACUAAGGCUUUAGUUGAAUUGAGUUGUUCACAAUGGCUGGUUGUUCUCUAUGCUUUUGGGUUUUCGUGUUUGUCACACUCAACAACAGUUAUAUGCUGAUUGACAGCACUAAAUUACUAAGGAGUAAGCGGUUUCUGAUAUAUCCGCAACAAGCGCCUACACGUUUGGUUUUUAUUAUUGGCGUUGGCAUACCAGCGGAUCUGGAGUAUGAAUCUCUUACCGUUGGAUAUGCCCUGAAGGCACAGUUUUUGCUUCCCAUUAACGCUACUAAUUAUCGUGAAAAUCCAUUUUAUCCAGAAUAUAAAAGUCAAUACAAUGCCACAUAUCAUGUUAAUCUUGAUCGUUAUGGCUGGGAAUCGAGAUCAUCGAAGCUGCGUUGGAAUUUGUACUCGUGCAUUGCUCAACGACUUGAUAGCUACGGCUAUAGCGGCACGGAAUGUGUGCUUAAAGCGAUAUGUGAAGCGAGCUCGCUAAGUUUUCAGCGACUUCAUGGUGUCUUCGAACAGAUUAUGCAUAUUUUGCUGAGCCCCAGUAGCUCCGUUGACCAAGCGACGUCACAAAGUGUUCAAUACAUAGAAGCAGAGAAAAUCGGUAGACUUUCUGGUGAUUGUGGUUUUUACAAUUGUAAAAUUAGUAUAUUGGAUUGGAUAUCAAGUGUACUCAAAGUGGAAUCAUGAAAGUGUAAAUAUUCAAUUUCACAUGUAAUUUUAAAAUAAAACUUUUAUUUAGCGCCA